AUGUUAAAAAGAGGAUUUAAACUUUCAAAUCAAUUAAUCAACAAGUCUACUAGUAGAUUGGCUACUGUAUCAUCAUCAACAUCAUUCACAUACAAUAACAAUAACAAUAAUAAUAAUGAUUUAACAUCAACUUCAUCAUCUUCUGCAUUUGGUAAAAGAUCAUUCUUUACAGUUAUCAAUCAAUAUGAAAAUGGAGUUACCUUUACAUUGGGUCGUUUAACAUCAGUCAAGGGACCAGGUAUUAGAAUCUUGAUUCCAAUGCUUCAAACAAUGGAGAUUGUCGAUUUGAGAACCACUAGUAUCGGUCUUGACAGACAAGAGAUCAUCACUCGUGACAAUAUCUCACUCGUUGUUGAUGCUGUCGUUUACUACAAAGUUAUCGAUCCUGAAAAGGCUGUUAUUAAAGUUGUCAAUCAUGACAAGGUCAUUAGUGAAUUAGCACAAGUAAAGAUUAGAGAGAUUUUAUCACAAAAUACAUUGGAUGAUGUAUUACAUAAUAGAGAAAAGUUUGGAUCAGAGAUUAUUGAACGUGUAAGAGAUAUUUCAGAGGAAUGGGGUGUUGUUGUUGAACGUAUCAAUCUCAAAGACAUCAAGUUUGAAGAGGGUAUGGUACGUGCUAUGGCUAAAAAGGCAGAAGCUGAAAGAUUGAGAGAGGCAAAGAUCAUCUCUGCCGAGUCGGAAGUACAAACUUCACAACAAAUCUUGGAAGCCGCCAGAAUGCUCGAAUGUUCACCAUUGGCAAUGCGUCUUCGUGAAUUGGAUUCACUCCAACAAAUCGCCAAGGAAUCAUCCAACAAAAUCAUCUUUGUUCCAACUAGUCUUUUUGGUUCUCUUCAUGCUGCUGGUGAAUUAGUAAAAGAAAUUGCUAAAGAUAAAAAGUAA